AUGGGCAAGGUUUGCGCCAUUUUUGGAGGAUCCCGAGGAAUAGGAAAAGCUGUUGCAGAAUUACUGGCACAGAAAGGCUGCCGCCUGGCGAUUAUUGCUAGAAAUCUGGAAGUAGCCCAAACCACUGCACGUAAUCUUGGUGCAGGACAUCUGGCACUUAGCUGUGAUGUAUCCAGUGAACAAGAAGUCCAGAAUACUUUUGAGGAGAUGCAGAGGAAUUUAGGUCCUAUUAACUACUUGGUUAAUGCAGCUGGGAUCAACAGGUUAGUUAUUCGUUACAAGAUUAUAU